UGGAGGACCCCUUCACAGGAAAGCGUUUGGCCAGGAAAGGGUUAAGGAGUUUGUGAGGGUCAGAUCGAUGCCUCCUCUCCCACACGUCGCCAUGAACAAAUGAAUUCGCGGGGAAUUAAAUAUCAAUUUCACAAAGGAGAAAGAGUCCUGUGCUUUGAACCCGACCCGACCAAGGCUAAAGUGUUGUACGACGCUAAGGUCCUUGAUGUCUUGAUAGGUACGGAUGAACAUGGAAGGAGAAUCCCAAAGUACCUGAUUCACUUCAAUGGUUGGAACAGAAGCUGGGAUCGUUGGGCUGCAGAGGAUCAUGUCCUAAGGGACACUGAGGAUAACCGUAAAUUACAACGUAAACUGGCUCGCAAAGCUCUAGGUCGCAUGAAGAGAAAGGCAUGGGCAAAGCGGCGGCGGCGUCAGUCCGGUACUAAAUCCUCUCUGAAGACUCUCCCCAAGGAGGACGACAGUGAUGACGCAUGUUUGAUUUCGUCUUCAGAGAGCAGUGACGGGGACGAUUCCGACCCUGAAUCUUCGAAUAGCGGGGAGAGCACCUUCUCUGAGGAUAUCAACAAGAUGAGGGUUGAGCCAGACAUUAACGUUAAAAGGGAAUGUGAGGAGAAGGUCGUCCAUGUUGACAUCAGCAUCCCCGAUGUUUUGAAGAAGAAACUGGAGGAUGACUGCUUCUAUAUCAACAAGCGGAAGAAGCUGGUGAUGGUUCCCUGUCAGACGAAUGUCGUGCACAUCCUGGAGUCCUACGUGAAGCACUUUGCCAUCAACAAAGCCUUCAUGGCCAAUGAGAGGUACCGGCGUCAGAGCACGACCCAGAACAGCAGCCCGCAGCCAGUCCCUCCAGAAAAGAAUGAGGAGUUGUGUAAGGAAAUGGUUGAUGGCCUGAGGAUCACAUUUGACUUCACAUUACCCAUGAUCCUCCUCUACCCCUGUGAACAAGCGCAGUUCAAAAAAGUCAGUUCCUCCAGGCUUUUCCUGGCCAUCAAUGAAAGCUCCCCCUGCUCUAGCAAUGCCCAGCGAGAGCGCAGCCCAAGCCCGUUGGGGCACAAUCCACCCACCCCUCAAUCCACAGACAGCCAACCAGCACUGAGCGACAUCUCUGCCACCACUCCCACUGCUCCUGCACCCACCCCAAAGCGCCGGCGCCACCCUGACAUGGACUGUAUCUCAUACCAGUCCCAGUCUCUCAGACGCUCCACCAGGAACACAUCGGGGGGCGACCGCCCUGCUGAAGGAAGCAGUGGAGGUGGAGGCAGUGCUACAGCGUCCCCACAGCUCAAACGCCGUUUGGUUGACAGCUCAUCACAGCCCAAGUUCUUCCUCAACCUCGACAGAAAAACCCCAGUGCACAGCGGCUCAUCUUCCCCGUUGCCCUUGACCCCAAGCAAAGAGCGAAGUGGGCCUUUCUAUGGCCUAGAGAGCCGGAGAAACAAUGAGCUUAAUGAGGUCCUGAGCUGGAAGCUGACUCCUGAUAACUACCCCCUGCAUGACCAGCCUCCCCCUCCUUCCUACCUGUACGGAUCACAACACCUCUUGCGGCUUUUUGUUAAGCUUCCUGAGAUCCUGGGAAAAAUGCAGAUCCCUGAGAGGAAUCUUCGAGCUCUGGUUAAACAUUUGGAACUCUUCCUCAGGUUUCUGGCAGAAUUCCAUGAGGAUUUUUUCCCUGAGUCUGCAUAUGUGUCUGCAUCAGAGGCCCACUACAGCAUGAAGCAACCAAGGCCAAUUUACUGAAGGAGAUGUCAGCCGUUUUAUUUUCUUCCCUCAUCUGUGCCCUGGUCUGUCUGGGCUUGCACACAGAGGAAUAAAAAGCAGCUUUCUGUGCAUUAUGCUUUCCUGGACCACCCGUUCUUCUUCCCUGGCCUAACAUUAGUUUUCCUGCUGCUGUCUUGUGAAACUAGUUGCUUCCACCAUGCCACUAACCCACAACUACGCUGUUUGUGGUACUGUCUUGCAUGUCAAGCCGCCCCACACUGCUUCGCUUCACUAGAAAUCCUUCUGUGCAGUGUACAGCUCCAAGGCAUGUCCAGCGUUGUCAGUGCUAUUUAUUGGCACGUGCUUCCUGUAUGCAGGUCCCAUAUAAGAUUAAAUACUUGGGAGAUGGCAACUAUUGAUGAUCUUCUUUUCCAGCCUCACCUCAUUGUCAUUGCUUUUUUUGUCACCUAGCAUACACUACUUAAGACCAGGCUAAGGCUUUGACAUCUACACCAGAGUAGCUGAAGGUACAGCAUCAAACCUUCAUGCACAGUUUUCUUCCCUUUCCGAUAUUAGAUCCUGGACAAAACAAAGCAGCUUUGAACUUGGAUGGAGAACCACACAAUCUCAGCUGUUUCAACCCUAACCCAUGGCCACAUUUUAAGAGUACUGUGGUCUGUUCCUAGACAGGGUAGCGAACACUGAUUGAAAUGCCCUGUGUUCUUGUUAUGCCCACCUAAUAAACUUUGGAUAUUGUGGCUAGUUUUACGCUUGUUCACCUGUUUGGAAGCAAAGCCAAAGGUGGGCCCCAGCCCCUCUUUUAUAGUGACUUCAUGUAAGCGCUUCACAUGCAGUGCUGCCAGCGGUCCUUCCAGAUAUGAUUCUUCUAAAGCUACAGCAAGAUGCUCUCUUCCUGUUCUGGAGAUGCUUAGCUGCUUUCGCUAAGCAAUUACAAUUUACUGACUCUUUAAGAACUUUCUAUCAGGAAUAUUGUUUUUCCUCCACGUUGUUUUACUAGUUUGACUAGUUUUUGGCUUUGAAAUGACCAUUGAGUGUCCAUGACACAUUUUCUUUAUUGUGUCUUGCUUUUGAUGUUGUUCUGUGCAUGUCUGUCUAAAUGUCUAGCAGCUUUUGAUUUUACUUUGUUCUGCCUUUUCCUCCCACCAUUGCCACUAGCAGAUAAGGAGAAGGCACAGUGAAUUUAAAAGACAAAGUUCUGCGUACAACAUAUCUGAAAAUAGCUCAUGCAUUGCUCUGUCAUUUUCUUACAGAGUAAUGUGUCUAGUGAUAAAGUUAUAUCUUUUUCUGAAGGUAUGGUAUAUUAACACGUAAUAUUAAUAUACUGUUGAACACCUGACAGCAUUACUAUUUAUAAAUCCAACUUAGACAAGAAAUACCACUUAAUGAUUGUCUUAGACUGAUGCCAUUUUCUAAACACAUUAGAAACAAUCCAUAAAAAAUGUGGGGAAUUAUUUGCAAAUACUGUUUGGAUAUAACACAAAAAUAAUCACGCAGGUUACUCGUCAUGGCAUUGUGAAAAUGUAAAUACAAAACACCUGUUGAGCAGUAUGUUAUUUAUUUAUUUUUGCACACCACUGGAUCAUUCUGUUAAUACCCAUCUAAUUGGAAUAUUCAUACUUUUCUUACCCACAUGAUAACAUGUUGAAUUGGUAGAUUACAUGACAAGGACCAAUAAAGACUUUUUUUCUCAGCUGUUUGCUGAACAAAUAUAUCUGUAGAUUCAGUAUAAUUUAAUUGUAAUACACUUUGGGGUGUAAUACAAUUUCCAAUGUUGUGUGCAGUGUUUUUUUGUUUUGUUUUUUGUA